ACAUCACGACACGUAAAAGAAGAAUGGAAGCUAGUGAAACCGGAAGUGUCAACCGAGGGGCUUCGAAGUAGCCGUCACAUCGGGACUUUAUAUUCCAUGAUGAAGUUCUAGCUGAAGAGGAGAAAACAGUCGUGUAACAUCGUCAGAGAGCAAACUGCGAACAUGACAAAUGUGUACUCUUUCGACGGCAUCUUGGUGUUCGGGCUGCUGCUCAUCUGCACCUGUGCCUACCUCAAAAAGGUGCCGCGCAUCAACAGCUGGCUGCUGUCAGAGAAGAAGGGAGUGUGGGGCGUCUUCUACAAAGCUGCAGUGAUCGGGACGCGGCUCCACAUUGCUGUGGCGGUUUCCUGUCUGGCCAUGGCUUUCUAUCUUGUCUUUUUGAAAUGAUAGAGGCCGACCGAAGUGGAAAAGACUAGACGGUUGCAGGAUGGGGACAGCUCAUCUCAGUAGUCACGUGCUGAUCCUCGAUGCAGAACACUUUAAGGAUUAUGUGACUGAUGAAACCCCAUUGCCCUGUGGACUCAUGUAGAAAGAUAGCCAGUGGCGACCCCUUCUGGUGACUGGGUACAUAACUCCUCCCUUAAUAAUGUAUGUGCAUUAGAGACAUGAAGGGAAUCUACUCCACAGUUAUUAUAAAGAAGAGAGCCCGUUUGGUCACAUGGUAUCAUUCUGUUGUGGGGUAACACUGUUUCUUGUCUUCAUACACACCCUGUAAUUAUUUAUACUGAAGGAUGCAGUGUAUGCAUUGUGCGGUAUACUUGUGCAUACCCUACAAUAAGCUUGGCCUGUAUAUAUUUGAAUGAAACAUGACCAAUGAUCAGAGGUUUGCCAUACACAGUAUAGUGAUCAAACUGAAAGUGGGCGUUUCCGCUCCGACCUGUGUUUUAGUCUGUAUCACUUCUUCUGUCGAGUGUGGAGGGGAAGAUAAACAAAGAUAAUAUAUAAAGAUGUUCUUGUAUACACUAUAUUUCCCUGUUAUAAGAUCUCUUAACCUUUCUCAACAGUGCUAUUUGGCGUGUCUAAACUUUUCUAGGUUUGAUAUACACAGAACGCUGUAUUUACUUUGACAGCUUAUACUAGAUAGGUCUUGAAUGUCAUAAAUAAAGUCACAUAGGAGUCAGAGUUCUGUCACAGAGAGAAGAGUAGUGUCUGUAAAAGAGGCUUUCCCACCAUUUUUAAAAUUGGUUAGCUGAAUCAGACUCGCCUGAAGAUUGAAAUGCAAUGCCAAACAGGGAAGGUGCUUCUCAUUCCAUCUAUAACUGUUACUAUGAAUUAAAUUCUGCUACAUUAUUUUUAUUACUAAUGAUAUUUUGAUUUGGAGAGGGGGGGUGCAAUGCAAUUUUGAGUAAAACCUUGAUCAGACAAUUACUGUGUUUGUUUUCUUUAUAAAACAAAUAGGUUUAUGUUUUAAGUGACACCCAAAUGUCCAUUUGGAGUUUUUCAUCUUUAUUGAUUAACAACCUUGAAUCACAUUGGGUGGGAUUUUUUUAGUUUGGUACCAAUCAACAAAAGAUGCACUAACAGAAUAAUAUCCGUUCAAUCAAAUGAAGUUCAAAUCUGAAGUAUUUGCCUCAAGUCAAUUGUAUAUGUGAGUUGAUCUUUAUCAUCUCUGAACAUUGAAUUAUGCAAUUUUACCCCCAUUCUUUGCAAAUCUCCUCCAGCUGAGGGAGCAGCAGUUUUCUGGUUUGCCACAAACUAACUAAAUCAAGGUCAUGACUCAGAUUUGUGGUCUUUCCUGGAGUAUUUGUUAAGUCCAAAUCUGAGUAUCUUUGACUUUUUGUUUGGCAUGUUUUGUCUUGCAACAAAAUAAACCAUCUUUCAUCGUGUCAUCAUA